AGAGCUGUGCUCGUCGCUCCUGCUGUACACCACUGCACACUGCUGCUGUGUAUGAAGACUGAAGGAGAGGAGGACCCGACCACGACUGUGCCCGACAACUUGUACAAUGGACGCUGCAGAGUUCCGGAGGAGAGGGAAGGAGAUGGUAGACCUGAUAGCAGAUUACCUGGAGAACAUAGAGCAGAGGCCGGUGUACCCCGAUGUGGAGCCUGGGUACCUGCGGUCUCUCAUCCCUGAGGAGGCCCCUGAGGAGCCCGACACCUACGAGGACGUGGUCAAAGACAUUGAGAGGGUCAUUAUGCCUGGGGUGACCCACUGGCACAGCCCGUACUUCUAUGCCUACUUCCCCACGGCUAACUCCUUCCCGGCCAUGCUGGCAGACAUGCUGUCUGGAGCUAUUGGUUGCAUCGGAUUCUCCUGGGCUGCCAGCCCGGCGUGUACAGAGCUGGAGACAGUCAUGAUGGACUGGCUGGGGAAGAUGCUCAAGCUGCCAGAGGACUUCAUCGCCGGGACACACGGACAAGGAGGAGGCGUCAUCCAGGGUACGGCCAGUGAGGCGACUCUGGUGGCUCUCCUAGCUGCCCGCUCCAGGGCAGUCAGAAUGAUCCUGGCCAGUGACCCACAGCGUCCAGAGACUGGCAUUACCUCCAAACUGGUGGCCUACUCCUCCGACCAGGCUCACUGCUCGGUGGAACGAGCAGGUAUGAUUGCCGGAGUGAGGAUGAAGAAGAUUCCAACGGAGCAGUCAGACAAGUACGCUGUCCAGGGAGAGACCCUCCGGAGAAUGAUACAGGAAGACAAGGCUGCAGGACUCAUCCCCUUCUACUUCUGUGCUACUCUUGGGACCACUCCCUCGUGUGCAUUUGAUCACAUUACUGAACUUGGGCCCAUAUGUAAUGCAGAGAAAAUCUGGAUGCACAUUGAUGCUGCAUAUGCUGGGAGUUCCUUUAUCUGUCCUGAAUUCAGACCCCUGUUGAACGGCAUUGAGUUUGCAGACUCAUUCAAUUUCAACCCACACAAAUGGUUGUUAGUCAACUUUGACUGCUCUACAAUGUGGGUGAGGAAAAGAUCUGAUCUCAUUGGGGCCUUCAAGAUGGAUCCUCUAUACCUGAAACAUGAUCAUCAAGAGUCAGGGCUGGUCACAGAUUACAGGCACUGGCAGAUUCCACUGGGCCGAAGGUUCCGCUCUCUCAAGAUGUGGUUUGUGUUCCGGAUGUAUGGGCUCAAAGGCCUUCAGGACUACAUCCGUAAGCAUGUGGAGUUGGCCAAAGAGUUUGAGAGCCUGGUUCGCGCUGACCAGCGCUUUGAGAUCAGUGCAGACGUCGUCUUGGGGCUCGUCUGCUUUAGACUAAAGAGCCCAAUGGGAUAUAUAGGUAAUAGGGUGCUAUUUGGGAGGCAACCUAUCUUACCUUUCCUCCUAAAAGGGCUCCAACGAGGUGAACGAGACCUUGCUGAAGAGGAUCAACAAUGGCAGGAAGAUCCACCUGGUACCAUGCCAGCUGUCUGGUCAGUUUGUGCUGCGCUUCGCUGUCUGCGCCCGCACCACCGAGUCACGUCACAUCCGCGAGGCCUGGCGACUCAUCACACAGCUGGCCGAAGAGGUCAUGCAGGAGCUGCCCCACUGACCAUCCACAUUGACUAGACAGGCUGGGUUGGACCAGGAGCUGUAAGUAUCAAGUAUUUCAGAGUAAGAGUGCAGGUCUAGGAUCAGGUCCCCCCCUGUCCAUUCAUUAAAAUAUAAAAGACAAAAUUGAUCCUAGAAGCGGAUCUUAGAUCAGCACUCCUACUCUGAGAUGCUUGAUGAAUAAAGGGCCCUAACCCCACCUGACCAUGGCUGGUAUUCAAAAAGUGUCUCAGAGUAGGAGUGUCCAUGUUAUCUUAUUUCUUGUGAAGUAAAAGGCUAAAGUGAUCCUAGUUCAGCACUCCUACUCUGAGAUGCUAUAUGAAUACAGGCCUGGAUCUCACUCAAUGGAGGCUGCUGAAGGGAGGACGGCUCAUAAUAAUGGCUGAAACGGAGCGACUGGAAUGGCAUCAAACCAUGUGUUUGAUACCAGUCCACCGAUUCCGCUCCAGUCAUUACCACGAGCGCAUCCUCCCUAAUUGAGGUGGCACCAACCUCCUGUGAUCUCACUGUGUUUACAUCAUCAGCAUACUGUAACUGCAGCCCUUUCUCUUUGCUGUCUCAUCCCAUGUGUGUAUUUAUAUGUGUGGUUGUAUGUGAAUCAGUGAAUUUGUGUUGGUGAGUGUGACUAAAUUAAAGGUGCGUAUGUGAGUGAAGCAAAUCAUAUCCAGAUGUUAAGGUUUUGCCUGAUAGGUUACUGUAGUGUAGGGUUUACUGACAAUACUCAAGCAUGUGUUCUAUGUAAAAACCAGACUGACUGAGUUCUGCUCUGACUCCACACCAGUAUGCUAAAUGAGAGAGGCCAGGCUAGAGACGGGCAUCCCCCCCCCUCAGGGCUCUGUGUAUGCCCCACCUGCUCCUACAACCCCUCUCCACCCUCACCUACCCUGCCCUGUCCCUUCUCAACCAACUGUUCAUCCAAAUCACUUUAGAGAAAGGCCAGCAUGCUAAAAAUACAGGCAAGGACUUAGUAUGUGGGGCUUUAUCCUGCCUGAGGUUUAUCCAGGCUCUGGUCACUCAGCUGUGUUUACCUGCUCUAGUGGAGUGAUUAGUAGAGGUAUUCAAUUCAGUACACCAUUAUUUAUCCCCUUAGGGGCAUAUUGAUUAAAACAUUGGGAUAGUGUAGGUCCCUAAAACAAGAUUGCACAUUAUACAUGUUCACAAUUCAAAACAUUUAAGAGUCAGAAAACAUUGUAUGGUUUGGCACCAUUAUACAGUAAGUAGAGAUAGAAACAGUUCGUAUCCCACAAGGUUUGAGCUGUUCACUGUUUUCAUGAAGCCAAAAAAAAUUAACAGCAUGUUGAGAUUUUGCCAAAGAGAGAAACGGGUAUCUUAUACCAGAAAAACAGGUAUCUUAUACAAGAGACACAGGUAUCUUAUACAAGAGACACAGGUAUCUUAUACAAGAUAGGUAUCUUAUACAAGAGACACAGGUAUCUUAUACAAGAGACACAGGUAUCUUAUACCAGAGACACAGGUAUCUUAUACAAGAUAGGUAUCUUAUACAAGAGACACAGGUAUCUUAUACAAGAGACACAGGUAUCUUAUACAAGAGACACAGGUAUCUUAUACAAGAGACACAGGUAUCUUAUACAAGAGACACAGGUAUCUUAUACAAGAGACACAGGUAUCUUAUACAAGAGACACAGGUAUCUUAUACAAGAGACACAGGUAUCUUAUACAAGAGACACAGGUAUCUUAUACAAGAGACACAGGUAUCUUAUACAAGAGACACAGGUAUCUUAUACAAGAGACACAGGUAUCUUAUACAAGAGACACAGGUAUCUUAUACAAGAGACACAGGUAUCUUAUACAAGAGACACAGGUAUCUUAUACAAGAGACACAGGUAUCUUAUACAAGAGACACAGGUAUCUUAUACAAGAGACACAGGUAUCUUAUACAAGAGACACAGGUAUCUUAUACCAGAGACACAGGUAUCUUAUACCAGAGACACAGGUAUCUUAUACAAGAGACACAGGUAUCUUAUACAAGAGACACAGGUAUCUUAUACCAGAGACACAGGUAUCUUAUACAAGAGACACAGGUAUCUUAUACAAGAGACACAGGUAUCUUAUACAAGAGACACAGGUAUCUUAUACAAGAUACACAGGUAUCUUAUACAAGAGACACAGGUAUCUUAUACAAGAGACACAGGUAUCUUAUACAAGAGACACCGGUAUCUUAUACAAGAGACACAGGUAUCUUAUACUAGAGACACAGGUAUCUUAUACAAGAGACACAGGUAUCUUAUACAAGAUAGGUAUCUUAUACAAGAGACACAGGUAUCUUAUACAAGAUAGGUAUCUUAUACAAGAGACACAGGUAUCUUAUACUAGAGACACAGGUAUCUUAUACAAGAGACACAGGUAUCUUAUACCAGAUAAACGGGUAGCUUAUAUCAGAGUUGUGGCCAUUCCCAUUUCAAUUCAGUCAAUUCUGAAAGUAAACUAAAAUUCUAAUUCCAAAAUGUUCUCAUAGAGAAACAUUGAGCAAAAAUGUUUAACUUCCUAAUCGACUGAAUAGAAAAGGAAUUGACCCCAACCCUGUUUCAUAAGCAGUUUUGUCCUGAACAUCAUAAUAACCCAUGAGACACAUGAUGAGACAAAUAAGAGCUCUUAUGGGAGCAUCAGUUAAAACACUUACUGUAAGCUUUUGCCCUGCAUGAAUAAAAUAUACAGACAACAGUUAAUGUCUCAGUCGAUUUGAAGAGACACAAAAACAAUAUGUACCUAGCUUCACUUAAUGCCCUCAGCAGUAGCAGUGAGCCAAGGAGGAAUUGACUUGAGGGUCUCUCCUUAAGAAGGUAAUAUGAAUGUGUUUCAAAUGUGUACUUUACUGUAUGCACAUCAUAUGAUGUUUCUGUUGUGCUGUUGGAUAAACAAACCAGUUGAAUUAGAUUAGACCUUUAAGCUGCGAUUCCCAGCAUGUCAUGGAGUCACUCAAAAUAAAUUAACUAAGUAAUCAAGAGAUAAAAUAGAUAAAUAGAUAAAAUAUCCCUGUCCCUGGUUUGAUUCACAAGUCAAGUGUGCCUUUUGAAUGAGGGAUGGAGGGGUGUGUGUGUGUAGAAUAUGUGUAGUGGUGUCUUUUUGUCUCUUCUGUGUCUGUGUUUACUUGAUAUAACCAGCAGUGGGCUGACUGCUUCAGUCUCACACUGGGGGGAAAUUGUAUUGUUAACUUGAUCAUCUCUUACCUGGCGAUAAGGUGGUAGUGCAAUCCUAUGUUUUUUGAAGGAGGUAAACCUUAAGCAUAGCUGUAUUCUUUUAUAUGCUUUGAGUCGCUUUGUAGCUUCCUGCUACUUAUCUGCCUCGUGGCAUCAUUGUACUGUCCUCUUUACACAACAAAAUAAAUGUUUGCGAUGUG